AUGACUGUCGAACAAGUCCCCCACUGGGCCCAACCUUCGCACCCAAACUUCAUCACAAUUAAAACCUAUAAAGAAGGUUCCUUUUCUAAAUAUGCCUCGGCUUCAAACCCCGUUUCUGCAAAUACCGUGGUUGCCGACUUCUCUGCUGCAACCCCAGCUUCCGAAAAAGCGUACAGCUCCGUUCAAGUCUCCGAAACGGACCAUAUCGAAUUAAACUCGGACCUGCUCUAUGCGAACCAUUCCUGUAAUCCCAAUGUUGUUUUUGAUACCGAUAAGGGAGAGGUCAGGACUGUAAGGAACAUCCAGGAAGGGGAGCCUAUCACCUUCAAUUAUUUAAGUACCGAGUGGGAUAUGGCGCAGGCAUUUAAGUGUGAAUGUGGGAGUGACAACUGCUUGGGGGAGAUACAGGGGGCUCGAUAUGUGCCAACAAAGGUUUUGUCAGGUCAAUUUAUCAACAGCCAUAUCCGAAGGCUCCAAGAAAAGAGGGAUGCCGCUGCCGGGAAGGCAUAA